UUAUGCUUGUUUUAACGUUAAUAAAAUUAAGCGAUUGUUAUCCAACAUUUGUAAACAGCGAUUACAACAGCGAUUAUAAUGACGAUUAUUAUAGUGAAGACAUUGAACAGUUAAAAAAGAGUGAUGUGCUUAAAAAUAUGAUUAGUUCCUAUAUCGAUAAUUAUUUCGAUGAACAUCGAAAACCUAAUAACUUCGAUGAAGAUUAUCAAAACGAUGAAAGUGUAAUGCAAACGCAUAAUGAUAGUGGUUUAACAAAAUUACAUAAAAUUGGAAAAUUAGAGGAAAAUAAUAAUACAAUUGGAAACUUAUAUUUUCCAUUUUUGAAUACAACAUUAGCGAAAUUGAUCAAUUCAACAUCUGCGCAACAGCAAACGCAUCAACAAACAUGGAACGAUAAUUUAUCGUUGAAAUAUAAACGGCAAGAAAUUAAUAAUAAUAUUGAAACGGAUGAAAAAUUAAACCGUCAAUGGAAUAAAAAAAUAGACAAAGAAACGCGCAAGAAUGAAAUAAAAAAACAAAUAUUAUUUCUGGUUGGACGAACAGAGUCGUCUCUAGAUACGUCGACACCUACAAAUAAACUCAAUUCUGAUACAAUGCCCGAUUUUAGUGACAUGUUUUCAAAGGGUACAUCGAAAAGUUUUGCAAUUAAUGAAAAAUAUCAAAAUUUUAUACCAAAAUGUGAAAUUCCAAGGAAUACGGAUGAAGAAACUUGGAAAGAUAGUACAAAUAUGAAUCUGUAUUUUAAUAUAAAUAUAUCAUCCCCUAGGGAGGGAUACAAUUUAUACAUCGCAAAAGCUACCCUUAGUUUAUUUAGGAUCUCACCAGAGAAUCUCACUCAAAAUGAAAAUCAUUCAACCAAAGAAAAUAGUGGCGACAAUUCGAAUUUAAAUUUCUUGGAACAAGAAGAUCGUCAAAUUCGAGUAUCCAUUUACUGGUAUACACGAUCAUUAAAAAAACAUCGAGUAAAACGACGUUUAUCUGACAGCAAAAUGAUCUACGUAUACGAUAAUAAACAUUUUGGCGAAUGGAUUGAAUUUAAUAUUCGACCAGCCGCGAAAAGUUGGCUAAAAACUGGGCGAAAUUUAGGACUUGGUGUUGUGAUUGAAGAUCAAGAAGGCACAGUGCUGCCAGCAAAUAAAUAUUUCAAGCAUUUGGACUGUUUCAACAAUAAUCAGGCUAGUCAAACUACUGCAUCAAACAAUCCAAAGCCCCAACAAAUAUACGACCUCCACGAAAUACUCAGCACCAACCAUCAACAAAAAUCCAACGACAUCGACAAACCGCAGCAUACCGUCCAACAUAACCGAAAACACCAUGAACAUCGGCAACACGUCCUCGGUUCACCCACAACCACCGAUGCUCAAAGUCCAAUAUUUUCAUAUUUACCAACUUUAAGAUUAUGCACAAUUGAAAUCCCAGCAAAUAUGGAUAAAUCCAAAAUAAACGAAUUAAAACGUAAUCAUUGUCAUUAUCAAUUUUUCGAUCCGUUAAGUAUAAACAUCAAUUUUGAAAGUACAACAGAAACAUUGCUACAAAAUGAUGGUCCACCAUUGUUAGCAGAGACAACAACCCAUCGAACACGACAUCGUAAUCAUAGAGUCGAACCGCGAGAGGGUACACGACCCGAUCCACGAGAUGGCAUACAAAAUCAGAUGAUUGUUAUCACAAAUCAACAGUUAAUUAAAUUAUUAGAAGAUAUGAAUUCAACAUCAACAGAGACAUCUAUCAACAGUAGAUAAAACCUUUGUGUAACUUCCUAAACUAUAUACAGUCAAAAUUGGUUAUAGCGACAUUCACGACAUCUACAAUUAUGGACGUUUUAUCUGAUAGUCGCGGAUUUUCAGAGUAGAUAAUUUUUAGACUCUUUCACUUAAAACCACGCUUUUCCAAAGAAAAAGAACAGCCUGGUUACUUAAAGACAAACUAGAACUCAAAAACGUCGAACCAGGUAUUUUUCUUCGGAGAAGAAUGACUUUUAAUGAAUUUACAUUACAGAUAGAAAUUCAUAAAGUUGUUCCUUACAAAAAAUGGAACAGGCUUGAAAUUUUCGUACCAAAUAAGCUGGCACCCCGACGCUUUGGCCCAGUUUGCUUUGUGUUGGUAAAUUAAAAAAAAAAAAGUUACUUCGGUUUUAAAUUAAGUGAAUAAUUUUGAAAAUAAAUUUUGUUCGUUAUAGACGACUAAUUCCAAUAAUGAUUGGUCGCUAUAACCAAUAUGUCGUUAUAUCCGGUUUUGAUCGUAUAAAAAAAAAACAUUGAAAGACUGUUUUAAUUUAAAGUGAAAGUUUUUUUAAGUUUUAAAUUUUCAUACCCGAGGAGCGUUGGGUAUUAAGACGUUUUUUUUUUUUUAAAUUUGUGUGUAAAUGUGGACGAAUUUUAUAAAAGCAUUCAUCUGUUUUUUAGAUGACUCUCCUCCCCCGAAAACAAAACAUAAAGACAUGUGCAAAUUGAGUGCGCGUGAAAGAAUUGAAACUUCUUUGGUGAUAUGUGAGGUAUUAAAAUUUGAAAGGGUUAGGAGAAAGAAAAAGGAAACGGUCUGAUGAAUCUGCAGGAAGGCUAGACUCGAUUGGUUAAGAUUUGAGUAUGGAGGGUAGAAGGUAGGAGGAAAAGUGUCCGUCAAAAAGCAUUAAAAUUUGACACAGUGCUGUUGUAACCAAAGUGUAAAUUUUAAAGUAAUAAGAAUAGGAUAAAGAACUAACCAAGUUAUUAGAGAAGGACUUUGCUAUACAAGCGCCCUUUUGACAUUCUGGUCAAUUCUAGAACUGUUAUUUAAUACUUUCAGCUUUAUCUCCAUAAAUUUAAGUUAAGAGUAAGUCCUAGAAGAUCUUUUGUAUUGUAACUACUUUGAUCUAUUGUACCUCCUUUGCCUCAAAGGUGCUCCAGAAGUCCUAUUGCUUUAAUAAACUUCAGAAUAUUCCCAGACGAGACUUCAUUUAUUUCACUUGGGUGGAGAUCAGUCCACCCUAAGUGAUGAUGGCGUUUGAGCGAGAGAGAUAAGCUUUCACAUUCACACAGAAUGCAAAUUUGAGUUUCGUCCUCCUCAUUACAAAGUCAGAGAUCGGUCUUUGACAAUGUUCAGUGACCAACCCUGUAAGUAUUCUCAAAAAAUUUGGCUUCAGUUGCAAACUCUCUGAACUUUUUUUCUAUGAAAAGCCCUUUACAAGAGUUUUUGCAUGGUCUCGGCCAUGAAUUUUGCUCAAGAGCCGUUAAUUGUGCUUCCCUCCCCCCUCUUGGCUAGCAAAUCAUGAAUUUUUGGUCAAGUAACUCAAAAUGUUUCAUAAUAUUUCAUCAUCGAUUCCGCCGUGCCCGUAACCUUAUAAUUUGACUCUACAUCGCAAGAAAAAGAAGUUUCAUUUCAAAACAAAUUAAAAACAACAUUGCCAACUUAAAAUAAACAAAAUUUUUUUUAAAAUUGUGAUUGUAUAAAAAAAUAUGUUUUAUUGUUAAUUAAUAUUUAAUUUAAAAGUUUCUUUAAUUUUCCUCGAUACUUUGCAGUGCGGUGCGCCAUCUGUUCGAUAUUCGUUGAACUAUUCUAACAGACUGUUGUUCAAAGAGAAAUCAUAUUAUAAAACUAUUAUCUUUAAAAAAACAAAUCGUUUGUUGUAUUUACAGGAAACGUAACCGUUUACGAUCUUUUCAUUUGUCCAGGAUUUUCAGAAAAAUGGAACAAAAUAUAUUAAAGAGCAAGUGGAUAACAAGAGGGCGCCAGAGAAGACUGAGAGUGUCCGCAGAUAAGAGAGAGAACGCUGCCGAGCUACCAUAUCAUGUUGACCUCAUCAUAUGAUACAUAGAGAUAUCGUAGCUCGACAGCGUUUUCUCUUUUACCUGCUGACUACCUCACUUAAGACUAUCAUAGGCACUUGCGCCCUCUAUUCUUUAUAGCAUCUCUAUGGUUUUUGUUCGACGAGAUGAAAAUUAAAUAAAACUUUUUGGGAUCACAUUUCAUGGAAAAAUGUCUCAAACGAAAUCUGUGGACUUUAAAUCCGAUUCAUAGCUGAUAAAAAAUUAAA